AUGGCGUCCUCAAAUCUAUCCCCUCGAGCCGGGGAAUCCUCUCACUCGUCCGACGCGUUCGAGUCGACCGAUACGCACAACAUCAUGGUGGCAGACUUUAGCUCGCCUCGACUUCGAAAACCGCGAACAUUGCCACCUUGGAUCGAUUCUUACGAGGAGCGCUAUGGACCAGGCACGCCGGAUCAGUUCAAUCUACUGCGACCACCAAAUGCAGUACCGGCUCGACACAACGCAGCGCCCGACCACACGCAGCGACGGGUAUCAAAAGACGGCUACAUAGACUAUGACGACCCGAAACUCGGUCCGGCGCAGGAUGCGCGCCACAAGAUUCCACACUUCCUUCGCUAUGGUCGGGCUUCGAUGCGAGGGCGAAAAUGGGAUCAUUUGCGCUCUGCUGAGCCCGUCGUCGUGCCGCGCUACCACAGCACCUCUGUCAUGACUACAGAUCCUGGCUUUCGACAGUUUGUGCAUUCUUCAGCAUACGGGCCCAUGGAAGGCGAGGUGUCCGAAAGGGUCGACCCGGACUACCUGGAAAAGCUGCAGCCGACGUUCAACCUCCCUGCACGGGGCGCGUACAAUGCACUGGCCGCAGGGCGCAAGUCGAAGAGGACGCGGACGGUUGCUUUCAACCAGCGCGUGUGGAACCUCGUGAUGCGCCAUUCCCUAUCACCGGCGAUAUGUCGAUUGACCGUCAUGGUCACGUCCAUCGUCGCGCUAGGCGUGGCCAGCAGGAUAUUCGUGCUGGAGGAUAACUUCCGUCCGUAUAGCGCGGAGCGGACGCAGUCUAUUGUCGCCAUUGUCGUGGACUGCGUCGCUAUCCCCUACAUCGGCUACAUGAUCUACGACGAAUACACGGGGCAGCCGCUGGGGCUGCGGUCGGCCAGAAACAAGGUUUCACUUGUACUGCUAGAUCUGGUUUUCAUCAUUUUUAAAUCAGCAAGCACGGCGUUGGCGUUUGAGAGUCUGGUUUACCAUAACGUGGCCGACCCCGUGAUCAGAAAACUCGCCAAAGCGCUGGCCGCCUUUAUGUUGCUCGCGCUUACCGUGUGGACGAUCAAUUUCACCAUCAACAUCUUCCGCAUCGUGGAGAGACUCGGUGGCGGAGAGGACGAGCACCAUCGCAGGUCAUAG